AUGAUGAGGGAAAUGAUGCAGAAGUUCUCAGACGGGAGGUCCGUUCAUGCAACCGAACAUAUGCAUCUGGUAUCAAGAACCACUGAGAAGUCUCCCUUCUCAGAGUGGAUUCAGAAUGAGCCUAAACCCCGAGACUUCGUCAUCCCUUCUCUGCCUGCAUUUAAUGGAAAGGGAGAUUCGUUAAACCACCUGUUUCAAUUUCAGCAGAAAAUGGCACUGGAAGCCAACAACGAAGCCAUUCAAUGCAAGGUCUUUUCCAUGACUUUCUCUGGGCCAGCUCUGUUGUGGUUCAGACAAUUAAAGCCCGGAUUCAUCAACAGUUUUAGUGACCUCCAACGAACUUUUCUCCAACAAUAUAGUGUGAACCAUGAGGCACCAAGAACAAUGGCAGACCUCUGUCGGAUCGAGCAAGGGGAAAAUGAACAUCCGAAGGCGUAUCUACAGCGUUUCAUUGACCUCGUGCAUCAAAUCCACGACGUCGACCCGGUUACCGCAGCCAAUCUCUUCGUCAAAAGCUUGCAGGUGGGAUAUCUCUUGCACGAAAAUCUCACCAUGACACCGCCUUAUGACAUGGCUGAGGUCCAGACCCGAGCCGAGGGCGUCUUCAGGGUCCUAGAAUUUCGAGAGCGUGCACAGAAGAAAUCUGCGCUUAUCUCUGCUCCACCAGCAAAUAACCCUCCACCACCUGCUAGAGAUGACAAGAGGAAGAGGCAACAGACAGACCACGCAAAGGAAGGGAAGAGGCCAAGACAUAACCGAGGUUCACCGCGGUACCCUUCCUUCGAAUACACCGUCCCACAGGAAGUCAUUUACGAAGAAAACAAAGAUAGACCUAUCUGGCGUGAGCCGUAUAAGAUUACCACUCCUCCAGAUAGAAGGGAUAAAAAUAGAUACUGCCUCUUCCAUAAAGAUCACGGUCAUACAAUCGCUGAAUGCCACAACCUUAACAAUCAGAUCCAGGCCCUCAUGAGAAGUGGGAGGCUAACCCAGUACAUUAAGGAGGCAGGGAGACCCUGUACCUCGCAGCAUAAUCUUGCUUCUGCCCCAACACCACAAGCAGCAGACCUCGUGCGCACAGCCUCUGCAAGCCCACACGAACCUCUUAAGCAAGUCCCCAUGAUACAUGGGAUCGUGGAGCUCACUGAAAACCAAGAGCAUGCCACCAAAAUCCGUAAGAGGAUGGAGGAACGAGUGAAGCGAUAUAAAUCAUUAGGCCACACGGUCAAUCUUGUCACUUCAGAGGACAGAAGUUAUCCAGCCUCUGCAAUCACCUUCACCGACGAUGACUUGCAAGGAGUGCACCUACCCCAUGACGAUCCUCUCGUCAUUUCGCUACAGGUCGACCAUUGCCAGUUGGGCAGAGUUCUAGUCGACGGGGGCAGUGGGGUUGACAUACUCUUCUGGGAAGCCUUCCAGAAGAUGGGGCUAAAGGAAAAUCAGAUCCAAACCUCUACUACGCCCAUGUUGGGAUUUAACAGCGAGAGAGUGUACCCGUAG